CGCUGCGUGCCCACGCCAGCACGUGCUCGACCCCGGAGGCGGGAGAUUGUCCUCGCGGCUGCUCGGCGUGGGGGCGGGGUGCAGGAGAGCAAGGCUUGUGCGGCACUCCCGAGAGCUCUCACGGUCGACGGUCCAGCUGAGAUGGAGGCAUGCGGCAGCUGGCCGCCCGCUGGGGAGGGUCAGGAGGGCCAGCUUCGCGGGGGCAGCGACGGCCCAGUCCCCUGGGAGGAGUUCAUACCGGCGGGAAGGAGUCAGGGUAAACAACGAUACCAAGAAGCCAACAGAAAGAAAUCUACCGUCUCCAAUUCAAGGGACUUCAGUGACCCAGUUUACAAAGAAAUUGCUGUUACCAAUGGUUACAUUAAUCGAAUGACUAAGGAAGAACUCCGAGCUAAACUUUCAGAAUUCAAGCUUGAAACCAGAGGCGUGAAGGAUGUUCUCAAGAAGCGGCUCAAGAACUACUAUAAGAAGGAGAAGCUGACCCAGCAGUGGGAGGACGGCAGCACCAACAGCUACUAUGACUACAUCUGCGUCAUCGACUUUGAAGCCACCUGUGAGGAGGGCAACCCCCCCGAGUUCACCCAUGAGAUCAUUGAGUUUCCGAUCGUCUUACUGAACACACACACCCUGGAGAUUGAAGACACCUUCCAGCAGUACGUGAGGCCAGAGAUUAACACGCAGCUUUCUGACUUCUGCGUCAACCUCACAGGAAUUACACAGGACCUGGUGGACCGAGCAAACACCUUCCCUCAGGUGCUUCAGGAAGUCGUGGACUGGAUGCGCCGCAAGGAGCUGGGAACAAAAUACAAGUACUCCAUUCUGACAGACGGUUCAUGGGAUAUGAGUAAGUUCCUGCAUAUUCAGUGUCAAAUCAGCAGGCUCAGAUACCCGACUUUUGCCAAAAAGUGGAUCAAUAUUCGAAAGUCCUAUGGAAACUUUUACAAGGUUCCUAGGAACCAGACCAAGCUGACCAUCAUGCUUGAAAAGCUGGGGAUGAGUUAUGAUGGGCGGCCCCACAGUGGCCUUGACGACUCCAAGAACAUCUCUCGCAUUGCAGUCCGCAUGCUUCAGGACGGCUGUGAGCUGCGGGUCAAUGAGAAGAUGCACGGGGGGCAGCUCACAAGCGUGUCCUCAUCUUCACCUGUAGAGGGUGCCCCGGCCCCGCAGAUGCCACAUUUCCGGAAUUAACAGUUAAGGUUUAUUGCCUCCUAGAUGGCAACUCACAGCUCGGGUUGCCACCAGAAGUUAACAGAUGGUCAGUUGUUCAUUGAACCAAUUCUCCAAUGCAAAAUUCAAGCACCUUAGACAUUUAAAAGUUCUAUUACAGAUAUAUGUGCAUAUAUGUGUAUUUUGUUGAACAAAUAUAUAUGUAUAUGUGUGUGUGUGUAUAUAUAUUUGUUGAACAAACAGCAGAUGGAUGGAGUAUUUGAAUUCAAUGCCACCAGCACUUUUAGUUCUUUAAAGUAUUGUUGAUUUUCAUAUAUGUGUUUGUGUGCGCACGUAUGUAUACAUUGGUGCACACACACAGACACAUGUGUGUGUAUAUAUAUCUGUAUGUUCCUUUUUGAAAGUGAGCUUGAUCAUUUAAGAAAACGAGGUGCCCAGUCUGCAUUUGGGUGGGCUUGUCCUUAGCCAGUGUGCACUUCCUCCCCUGGAGAAGCACCUCAUCCCCAAGCAGUUGUUGUUCAUUCUUGUCUCUGCAUCUGACUCAGAUGUCCUGGACCGCAGGAAGGAAGGCCAAAGUCAGGAGCGGGAUGGCAGGCCACCCUCCGACCGAUGCGCAUGGUGCGGUCACUUAGUAGGGCCCUGGGACAGUUAGAAGAGGAACCAUCUGUGGGUGGUUGGGUAGAAUCAGGUCAAGUCCUAGGAUCUGAUGGAAAAGGUAGAUUACUGACAGAUAGAAAGAAAACAGCGGACAUUGAACUUACUCUAAAGUUUGUACAGGCUUCUUUUAGGUUCCCCUGCUGCACAGCCAUAGGCUGAACAUUUGUCAAACCGAGUCAAGAAGAAGGGGGGCAUGAGGCCUGCUUAUCUCCAGUUAGUUGGGAAAAUCAAGCUCACCAUUCGCAUUCAGCACAGCCAAGAAGGAGAGUCAAGUCAAGUAAUGCAUUCCAGCCAUUUUGUGCUUUUAGGAGACAGACGAACUCUCAGCAUGACAGAGUCCUUGCAGCUCAUUUAGAAUAGUCCCUCUCUGCGGCGAGCGCGUCAAAAGGUCCAGAGCACUGGGGCCGCGCUCAGAUGUGUUUGCAGUGUGUUGUGUAGAAAUCGUCGUGUUGCCCUCCACGUGCUACAGCGAUCAUUGAUACCGAGAUAGGAAAAGAUCCAAAGAAAACAUUGUGACGGUGGACAGAGGAGGAUGCUUAACUUACUUAGAGGCAAAAACCUCCUUUGGGUGUAUUCAGAGGCUGCUCUCCCUGCUUCUUCCUGCAGCCCGCCUUCUUUAGAGCUCUUCGUAGGAACAUACCGGGGACUCCUGGGCAGAGACGAAGCCGCGCGUCCUCUCUGACGUGCUAGGGGAGCGGCGGGAUACUGAGGAAGAGAUGCUCUAGCUGGGGAGGCCGGUUUCCUUGCCCUUCCCCGUGCGUUGGCUUUGCAGGCUACGCAUGUUUGCUCAGUAUUUGAUUGGCAUAUGUCCGUGACUGUGCCAUUACGGCGUUCUUUAAUUAGUCUGCUGCAUUGUGGUGUUUUAUUUUUGUUUUAACUUGAAACACGCCCCUUAUUUAAAAACCUCCGGGCACACAGCCACAGGGGUACUUGAUCCUGGUGGGGUCGUGCUCCGGAGCUCAGAGCGGCGUGUGCCACGUUUCUGUAGAAAGCCUGAUGUGGGUGCUCUCUGAAGCUCUCUGCUCUCUGUGCUGGGAGUUUCUGUCCUUUCCCUUUUUCAGAACGCCGCCCUCCUUUUUAGGAGCGAGUGCUUCAUUUUGGUCUUGUUCAGAGUGCUGACCCUUUAAAAGUCACUGUGCUGUUAUCUCAUGCCGCUCUCAGGCUUCACGAGGUCAUGCUUUGCCUCUGCUUUGCUGGCCAAACCAAAUAUUGGUUUAGUUUGGGCACCGUGUACCCUCCCAGCUGCUCUUGGAGCUGCUGUUCUGCCCAAUAUCAUUUCCUCCCUGUUACUAGUCGGGCCUGCUUGUAGUUUAACUCUGGAAGGCUGGGGCUUGGUGGGAGAGUCCC